AUGCGUUCGGCCGGCUGGAGCGGGUCCAUGUGUCCGGCAUCACCCAGCCAAGGGACGCUGUCGCUUCUGCAAUCGGCUGAGCACAAGCCAAUGCUGCAGGCAGUGGGGGUGACGAGCUCGCUGGCUUGCUGUGUUGGAUCUCCGCCAGGAUUUGCGGCUAGGCCAGGCUAUGUUUACACGGCGGCCCAUUGGAGCCCCAUCACCUACGAGACGGCGGACGGCAACCCUGAGCUCGAUCUUGAUCUUGCGCAGUUCCCUCAGUGGUAUCGCCCCCUUUGUGACCUACGCCGCAUCCAAGAAGUGGCCGAACAAGCCGCGUGGCGCUGGUACGAAGAGCAUCAGCCCGCCUGGCAGCUCGCGGGGAUCAAUCCCGGCCACAUCCUCCGGGCCGUACGUGCUUCCAGUGUCUCCGUUAUCGCGUUCGUAGCGGAUCUGGUGCUAGAUUCGCGACCGGGCCAGAGCUCCCUGCCUGCCAUCGACUUCCCUCACUGGGUCGACAUGCACGACGUGGCUCGCGCUCACUUGCUGGCCCUUACGACUCCGCAGGCCCGCGGUCACCGCUUCAUUCUUGCUCCCUGGAAGGUGCCCUAUUCAUCCUUCACAGAAAUCGUAUUGGAGAGAUUGAGCCUGCAGCCUACGGACCAGCCUCAGCUACUGCCUGGGAUAUCUCAGGGGAGGGUUCCGGUGCAAAAUGGGAUCAUCACAGCCGUGGCAGAUCAGGCUGAGAUGCAACCGCCCAAUGCCUCCACCAUAGUCCACCGCGCCGCUGCAGCAGUUCUGGCCUUUGGAGUGACCACCGUCUGCAAUACGCACUUGGAGACGCGAUUCGUGCCGGAGCUGCGCCGUGCAGCGGCGGAGGACCCAGACGCUGCCGAUUUCCGAACCGCCAGCCAGGCAGCAACCAUCGCGGGGGGCGGGGGUCUUGCUGAGUACACGCGACAAUAA